AUGGUUUGCUACAAAAUUUCGUUUUGCAUUCGAUGGGACGGUCCCUGGUUAAUGCGUAUGACGGAUUACUUCAGUCUAGAUGUUGCUGACUUUGAGUGGUACAGUAUCAUGGAUCGCCUGAAGAAAGCUCUCGGUAAACGCGUACUGUGCGACCCGGCUGGAAUACUUCGUGAUCAGGAGGGAAAAUAUAUUCCCGAUCGUUUCAAUCGAGCACUGCAGCAAGAACGAAAUGGACGUCGUUCCCCGGAACGUAGAGCUCGACCAAAGGAGCCACCACAAUGGAGGCUGAAAGAAGACGAUGCAGAUGCAACCAGAACUCUUUUCGUAGGAAACAUGCCAUCCGACAUUAGAGAAUACGAGAUUCGAAAG